AGAUAACCAGCUGAGGAUGGCCGAGGCCACAGCCAAAACCAUGUUAGGUGAGAUAAGCCAGGGUCACCUGGAAUGUCCCAUCUGCUUCUGUCGGUACAAAGAUCCCAAGAUACUGGACUGUCUCCACACCUUCUGCCUCAACUGUCUGGAUGGGAUGUUGAGCAAACAGCAGCCGAGUACAGGCAAGAUCACAUGCCCGGUCUGUAGGAAGGAAACCCCGGUGCCGGAUGCUGGCUUGCCCGGUCUACUCGAUUGUUUCUUCUUGAGUUCCCUGGUGGACGAGAUCAACCAGCAGGAGCGGUCGCUGGAGACCCAGCAGCAAGCAGCGACUUCACCGACGUGUGACGACUGUGAGGAGGGGUUAGAGGCUGUCUCGCGAUGCCUGGACUGCGAGGGAUAUCUGUGCCAGCUAUGCAAGACAGCGCACAAACGCUCCAAACGCACCCAGACACAUCGGGUCACACCGGUUGAACACCUAGAGCAGAAGGAGGUUCCUUCGACAGAUCUCAGCAAGACGUAUUCUCCGAAAUGUCAGAAGCACGCUAACCAGGAGAUGCAUUUUUACUGCGAGACGUGCAAGAUGAUGAAGUGUGGCACAUGCGCCACGAUCGACCACCGAUCGGCUGACCACCAGUUGAGUGAAAUUACCGACGCCGUCAAAUCCUAUCGUCAAGAAGUGAAUGAUGUCAUGCAGAAGUUUCAGAAGAGCAAAGAGGAAUUCAAAGCUAAUGAGGAAUCGGUUGAGCAGGCCAGAAACAGGCUACAAAUAAUGGUGACCCAGGCCUGCAGCGACAUUCAAGCUAAGAAAGAAGAAGAAAUUGCCAAAAUCGAGAGGAAGUCUCAACUUCUCAUAGACAACGUCACUGAAAUUGGCAAGAAGAGAGAUGAUGAGUUUGUUAAAGUUCACACCAACAACAAGAAGAAGAUGGAACAAGCAGAGGAGAUCGAGGCAACAGUGACCGACUUGAUGAAACAAGCUGACGACUUCGAACUCUUGAAUUUGAAGCCAAAGGUGAUGCACAACUUGGAAUUCCAGAAAGAUCUCAAGUUUGAGCGAGUGAAACAUGGUGACUCUUUCAUCGGAGUCAAAUGCCAAGACGUUGUGAGCGAUAAAGAUCUAGGUGAAAUACUUCAUGGAGGGAAAUGGAAGUUAAAGACUGAGUUUGGGAAGAGAGGAGACGGGGACGGUGAAUUCAACUGUGCAAUGGGCAUUGCGUGCUUCAGCAAUGGCGACAUUGCUGCUAACGAUGUAAAAAAUAAACGAGUAUCUGUAUUCACCUCAACUGGAAAUUUAAAAGCAAACUUUGAUCUGAACGCACCAUACGGUAUUGCUGUAACGUCCGAUGAUGUACUUCUGGCACACUGCGAAGAUCACGUAAAAGUUUUUGAUACGAGCCAUCAGUUGAUUUCGAAGUUCAACCUACCGCAGGCCGAUAGCAAGGAUCAGUCAUGCAGUUUGACUUACACCGGUGGUGUCACUGUUGACAAUAAGAAUCAGGUAGCGGUAGUUUACAAGAAGACAGGAGUCACAUCUCUCCACAAUCUAGACGGAUCUUUGAUCAAGGUCAUUCCAAAUACUGAAAUGGUUCCCAUUGACAUUGUCGCGAACAACAAAGGAUGUCUCAUUUUUGCAAUGUUUGGCAGAAGUGAAUUACGAUGCGUAGAUCUGAACGGAAAAGAGUUGUUCAAUGUCAGCACGUCUGCAGAUGGAAAAGAUGCGAAACCAACCGGUGUAUGCUGUGAUGAUGAAGGUGACAUCUAUGUUACCCUUCACUGUGGUAGACGCGGAGGGAGCAGUGAAGUGCGCCACUAUGAUUCAAAGGGGGUCUACGUUGAUUGUGUGGCGAAACCAUUGCAUUGGCCAUGGGGCAUUACCUUUUCUCCAAGCGGUGAACUAGUAGUGGCUGAUCAGAACUCUGUCAAGAUUUUUCAUCGAGUGUGAACUUGCUAAUGAGGGCAUAUAAAAUUACAUGGCACCAUAAAUGUUGAAUAUCAUAAGUAGAACAGAAUAUUAAUACUCAUCAAAACACGGAGUGUUGUGAAUGAUCCCGCA